CCAAGGGCCCCUGAAUGACAGGGGGCCCCAACAAAUAGCAGACUUACAGAUGAGUCAGCAGCACCCCAGUCUCCCCAUAACUGCACCCCUCUCUGUCCCUGUGAAGAAGAAAAUAGUCAGUCAUACACAUCUGGGAUGGCAUGAGGACUCAUUGACCUGAGCAGGUAUAAAUAAGCAAACUCGGUCAAAAUCUGCAGCUUGUGCAUCUAAAUCAUCAAACGUUUAUGAUGACGGUCAUCCUCAUUCUCUCUCUCACCAUCUCCCUGAUCUCUCAGGGCUACAGCUGGUCAUUUUCCUGUAAAGGAAGAUGUGGAAAAUUCUACAGUUCCUUGGUCCGUUGCCACUGUGACUUACAAUGCCAGCAGUAUGAGAACUGCUGCAAUGACUAUGAAAAGAAGUGUGGUCGUCGAGUGUCAGCUAUUGUCACUAACAAUGAGAUCAAGACUCUGUCUGAGACACUGUUCAGGUUGGACUCUAACAGUGCCACAGACUCACAGCUAGUUAUUGACCCUCAAGCACAGAUCUCUUCCUCUAAGACCAACUCUCAGAAUGACCUCUCACCACGCCCAUUGUUCAAGUAUGUGAGCGAGGAUACUUUGUUUUCCAAGCCCACGUAUAAAGCUCUCCUGAGUUUGCUUGACAACUAUAGAUGGGCGACAGGAGAUGUUGAGUAUGUCCCCUCUAAGGAGGUGCAGGAACAGGACACUUUUCUAAGAGAGACAAUGCUGAACACUGAGAUUGGCAGGGAGCUCUACAAUUUCCUCUACUCUAAAGGUAUGUACUCAUCGCAGAAGGAGUUUAUCCAGGAUCUGAAGAUGAUGUGGUUUGGCCUUUACUCUCGAUCUGAUGGCAAGCUGGACUCCAGCGGGUUUGAGCACAUCUUUGUAGGGGAAAUUAAGGGUGGGAAAAUAUCUGGUUUCCACAACUGGUUGCAGUUCUAUCUGAAUGAGAAAGAAGGACUACUGAAUUACUACAGCCAUAGUUUCAAUGGCCCUUGGACCACAUAUCCUGAUGUAUUGGGAAUGCAGUUCAAAUGGGAUGGUUAUUUUAAGGAAGUUGGCUCUUCCUUUAUUGGUGCUAGUCCUGAAUUUGAUCUGGCUGUCUAUAGUCUCUGCUACAUCACCCGCCCUGGGAAGAUGUGUUAUCUGAGUUUGGGAGGAAAGACCCAGGGCAUUCAGACUUACACCUGGAAUAAGAGCAGCUAUGGGGAUGGAAAGAAGUACAUUGGCUCUGCCUACCCUGCCACACCCUGAUGCCAAAAUGAUUUGACUUUGAUAUUAUCAGACCAUCACUAUAUGAUCUACGGCUAACACAUCAAUCUUUAAUAUUCCUCAGUUUGUCUUUUUGUUAUUUUAAACACCUCCCUGUCUUUUCUUGAAUAUGAAUCUGUCUCAUACACAUUCACAAACUUGUAUUGUCAUAACUUCACAUACUUUUAACUCUAUUGUUAAGCAAUGACUCAGGAUUUUAUGCAAGGAACUCAGGAUGUCUUGCAAGGUAGAUGUUCCACAUUUUUAAACAGCAAAUUUAGAAACAGAUUGAUUAUCCAACUGAUAAGCUAAGAAAAAAUAUACCACAAAUAAAGUAUGACAGUUUAAUUCUGUUGCCAUGAACUCAAUGACAAGAUGGUGUAACUGACUAAGCUUUGUACAAAAAAAGUACAAUGGUAUACCAUUCUUCAUGGACACUACCAUGAUGGUAAAGAAAUUGUAUUCUUUGAAGCACCUUGAAUAUGUAAACACUGCGGUAUAAACAGUUUCCUUGACUCUGUACUGUAUAAGAUUAGUGGAUGUUGUGAAUAAAUUAUCAAGGAAUUAAACUAAAGCAUUCACACAUUUACCAAAAUUUGGCAUCACAUCAGUAUCCUUUGCAUAUAUUAAGAACUGCUAUCUUUACCUAAGCUACAGUAAGUAAACUAAAUAUAUUAUCCCUUUACUAUCCCAUCUACUAAUUACAACAAAAAAAAGACCCAAUAA